AUGAGCGCGGAGGGAGGGGCUCAGGAGGCGGUCCGCAGCCAAUGGGGAGCGCGGGGGGCGUGGCCCCGGCUUCCAGAGAGUUCGGAGACGGGAGCGGAGCGGCGCUCGGCCGGGACCAUGGUGAAGGAAACCGGUUACUACGACCUGCUGGGCGUGCGGCCCGCGGCCACGCUGGACGAGAUCAAGCGGGCGUACCGGCGCCUGGCGCUGCGCUACCACCCCGACAAGAACCCGAGCGAGGGCGAGCGGUUCAAGCAGAUCUCCCAAGCCUACGAGGUGCUCUCGGACACCCACAAACGGGCGCUCUACGACCGCGGCGGGGAGCGCGCCAUGAAGGAAGGGGGCUUGGGCAGCCGCGGGGGCAGCGCCGGCUUCGGCUCCCCCAUGGACAUCUUCGACUUCUUCUUCGGAGGGGGGGUGCGGAUGCGUGGCCGGGGCGACAGGAGAGGGAAGACCGUGGUGCACCAGCUCUCCGUGUCCCUGGAGGACCUCUACAACGGCACCACGAGGAAGCUGUCCUUGCAGAAGAACAUCAUCUGCAGGAAGUGUGGAGGCUGUGGGGUGCGGGAGGGCGCCCAGAGGAGGUGCCCCAAGUGCCACGGCUCGGGCAUGGAGGUGCGGAUCCAUCAGCUGGGGCCCAGCAUGAUCCAGCAGAUCCAGACCGUGUGUUCCCAGUGCCAGGGCCAGGGCGAGUGGAUCCGGCCUCGGGAUUGCUGCCUCGCCUGCAACGGCCGCAAGGUGGUCAGGGAGAAGAAGAUCCUCAGCGUCCACCUGGAUAAAGGCAUGAAGGACGGGCAGAAGAUCACGUUCCAUGAGGAAGGGGACCAGGUGCCGGGGCUGGAGCCCGGGGACAUCAUCAUUGUCCUGGACCAGAAGGAGCAUCCCGUGUUCCGGCGCAGCGGCGACGACCUCAUCGUGCGCAGGGAGAUCAGCCUGGCCGAUGCACUGUGCGGCUGCCGCCAGGUCAUCCGCACCCUGGACAACAGGAGCCUGCUCCUGGCCUCCCAGCCAGGGGACGUGAUCCGGCCCGGAGACCUCAAGUGCGUCCCCAACGAGGGGAUGCCGGUCUACAGGAGCCCCUUCCAGAAGGGGAAGCUCAUCCUGCAGUUCCAGGUGAAGUUCCCGGAUCCCGGCUGGCUCCCCCCCGAGCGCCUGCGCCAGCUCCAGGCCUUCUUCCCACCGCAGGAGGAGGUGAUGGCCACGGAGGACACGGAGGAGGUGGAGCUCAGCGAUUACCGGGACCAGGGGGGGCCGGGCCGCAGGCCCUUCCCCGGGGACCCCCCCCACGACGAGGACUUCGACGACGGGAGCCGCCAGCACGUCCAGUGCCAGACCUCGUAGCCGGGGCUUGGGGGCGCUAUGGGGCAGGGAGGGGGCUCUGGGAGCCGUCA